AUGAAAAAAGAAACACAGGUGUUGGAAGAGGUAGAAGAAGUAGGCAAGAUGUAUAAGGAUAUAGAAAUCCAGUUAAUAAAGAAACUGCCGCCCAGCAGUGAGCCGGAGACUGAAGCCAUUGUGACUGAAUAUCUGAAUAGUGGAAAUGCAAAUGAAGCCGUCAAUGGCAUGAGAGAAAUGAGAGCCCCGAAACACUUUCUUCCUGAGAUGUUAAGCAAAGUGAUCAUCCUUUCACUAGAUAGAAGUGAUGAAGAUAAAGAAAAAGAGAGCUCUUUGAUCAGUUUACUCAAACAGGAAGGAAUAGCCACAAGUGACAACUUCAUGCAGGCUUUCCUGAACGUGCUGGAGCAGUGCCCCAAACUGGAGGUUGACAUCCCCUUGGUGAAGUCUUAUUUGGCACAGUUUGCAGCUCGUGCUAUAAUUUCAGAGUUGGUGAGCAUUUCAGAACUAGCUCAACCACUGGAGAGUGGCACCCACUUCCCUCUCUUCUUACUUUGUCUUCAACAAUUAGCUAAAUUACAAAAUCGAGAAUGGCUAACUGAACUUUUUCAGCAAAACAAGGUCAGUAUGCAGAAAAUGCUGCCAGAAAUUGACCAGAAUAAAGAUCGAAUGUUGGAGAGUCUGGAAGGAAAGGGAUUGAGUUUCUUAUUCCCACUCCUUAAAUUGGAGAAGGAAUUGUUGAAGCAAAUUAAGCUGGAUCCAUCCCCUCAAACUAUAUAUAAAUGGAUUAAAGAUAACGUCCCUCCCAAACUUCAUGUAGAUAAAGGAUUUGUGAACAUCUUAAUGACCAGCUUCUUACAGUACAUUUCUAGUGAAGUAAGCCCAUCUAGUGAUGAAACAGAUUCUUCCUCUGUUCCUUCCAAAGAACAGUUAGAGCAGGAGAAAAAACUGCUGCUCUCCUUCAAGCCAGUGAUGCAGAAAUUCCUUCAUGAUCAUGUGGAUCUACAGGUCAGUGCCCUGUAUGCUCUGCAGGUGCACUGUUACAACAGCAGCUUUCCGAAAGGCAUGGUACUUCGAUGUUUUGUUCAUUUCUAUGACAUGGAAAUUAUUGAGGAGGAAGCUUUCUUGGCUUGGAAGGAAGACAUAACUCAAGAGUUUCCAGGAAAAGGCAAGGCUUUGUUCCAGGUAAAUCAGUGGCUAACCUGGCUAGAAACUGCUGAAGAAGAAGAAUCUGAGGAAGAAGCUGACUAAAGAACCAGCCAAAGCCUUAAAUUGUGCAAAGCAUACUAUGAUGUAACUGCAUUUGACCUAACCACUGCGAAAAUUCAUUCCACUGUAACGUUUUUCACAAUAUUUAAAGCAGAAGCACGUCAGUAAGGUUUCCUUCUGCAUAAGGUUUUUGUAGUGUGAUGUCUUAAUCAUAGUCUAUCAUUAAAUACUUUAGGAGUAUCCUUAAUGUUUAGAUAGAAUAUUAGCAGCAUGCAAUAAUUACAUCCUAAGUUCUCAAGCAGAGGAAGUCUAUUGCAAAGACCUUCUUUGCUGCCAGUUACCAUAGGCUGUUUUUAAGUUAAAAAACUGAAUAGCAACACUGAAUACUGUAGAGAUGCACUUUGCUCAGUAAUACUUGAGUUUUUGCAAUAUUUGAUUAUCCAUUUGGUUGUUACAGAAAAAUUAACUGUAAUUGAUGGUUGUUGCCGUAAUAGUAUAUUGCCUGUAUUUCUACCUCUAGUAAUGGGCUUUAUGUGCUAGAUUUUAAUAUCCUUGAGCCUGGGCAAGUGCACAAGUCUUAUUAAAAGAAACAUGGUUUACUUGCACAAAACUGAUCAGUUUUGAGAGAUCUUUAAUGCCCUUGAAGUGGUUUUUGUGGGUGUGAAACAAAUGGU